AUGAUUUUAGAUUCUCUGUUAUUGGACUGUGGAAGCAGAAUGAUUUCUACAGCUUGGUUAGUUCUGACUGCUUUCUGGUUCCACUUGUCAGAUGCUAACUGCCCUUCAGGGUGCCUGUGCACCUCGGACAUUGUCAACUGUGGUUAUGCGGGUAUGGAGAGAUUUCCCUCUGUAUUACCCCCCACCACUUCCAUCCUGGACCUCAGCCAUAAUCGGCUCACAUGGCUGGCACCAGGCACCUUCCAUGGACUGAUCAGGCUGAAUGUUCUGUGCAUGUCUCAUAACCAAAUCUCUCUGCUCAGCCCCGCAGCCUUCCACAACACCAGUACUCUACACCACCUCGACCUCUCGUCCAACAGACUGCAGAUUGUGGGGAGACACCCUUUCCAAGACCUGCUGGGGUUGGAAGAACUGCUACUCUACAACAACCGCAUCACCCAUGUGGAAAGCAAUGCUCUGAUGGGACUAAGCAACCUCAAGAAGGUUUAUCUGAGCCUCAACCAGAUUACAGACUUCCCCUUUUUCUCCUUCCGUGAGCACAGCCAUCCUAAGCUGGUCACUCUGGACCUCUCCUCUAACCGCAUAUCACGACUGCCUCUGGAUGAUAUUGUUCUGUUGCCUUUGACUGUACAGAGAGGCUUGUUCAUCCAUAAUAACAGCUUGGUAUGCGACUGUUCCACAUAUCGCAUGUUUUGGCACUGGGAGAAAGAGGGUUAUGAAGCUGUCAGAGAUUUUAAGGAUCAAUAUUCAUGUCGGAUGUUUGGAGAACCACUCAUCUCCAUCAAAUUCCUCCAUAGCCCUCGCUUCUUUGAUAACUGUACUAUUGAAAAGAUGAUUUCUUUGAUCUCCCCCAAGGCUGACAUGAUAGUCUAUGAGGGGGAUCAGGUCAGACUAGAUUGUACUGGUACACUCAGUAAUGUAGUUCUCUCUUACUCUUGGGUUAUUCCUCACCAAGACAACAUGACUUAUUUGAUUCAAAAUGGUACUCUGCGGCUGAACAAAGAUGGCAGUCUGGAGAUCCUAUCUGUCCAGCCGAGAGACUCAGGAAUCUACCGCUGCCUUGCUGUGGACACGGUCAGGAUGAUUAAUGAAACCCGUGAGGUGAACCUAAUUGUAGAUCUUCAGCGUUUGCGAACAGAGGCUUUCAGCACAGGAUACACCACCCUGCUGAGCUGCGCCAUCACUCUCUUUCUCAUACUUGUGUAUCUUUAUUUAACCCCUUGCCGCUGUGGCUGCUGCAGAGCCCCACCAACCUCACCAACAAUCUCUAGCUUAAGGGAGGAUCGCCCGUCUCUGGCAUUCAUCUUUGGGGUUUCACCAACUGCAAGCCUGAAGCUGAUGGAUAAGUCCAACCUUGACAAGCAUUUGGUGUUCCUUGAGCCGCUCAUGGAAGAAACAAAUGGGCACCUUACAGCAGAUUUUAAAGCUGACUAG